UCCAUGCAACAAGUAAGCAUAUCAUCUGGUCAAGAGGAUGACACGUGGUCGGAAAUGGUAAAACAUACGCCCAAGGUAAAGAGGUUCCUGCGUCCUUCCCUUUUUGGGGUUCCUGUGGAUUACCCAGAAUUCCACCAGAAGGUAACAUCCAAGAUGGCGACUCCAAUGGAAGUUCAAACCAAAAAAGAUGAAGUUGACGUCGAAGAAAAAGAUAAAGUUGUGGCAAGUUCUGGAGCAGCUGGGAGUAUAUCUGUAGCUCUUCAUCCCUUAGCAAUAAUGAAUAUAUCGGAGCAUUAUACUCGAAUUCGCGCCCAAGAAGGAAAGCUAAAUCCUCAAGUGGUAGGAGCCCUGUUGGGUACCCAAGAAGGUCGAAAUGUUGAGAUUUUCAACUCAUUUGAGCUUCAGUUUGAUGUGUUUGAUGAUGGACAUAUUAUCAUAAACAUGGAGUACUACAAAACGAAAGAAGAACAGUUUCGUCAAGUCUUUAAGAAUCUUGAUUUUCUUGGAUGGUAUUCUACUGGAGUCGCAGCGCAAGAAAGUGACAUUGGUAUUCAUAGACAGUUGUGUGAAAUCAAUGAGAGUCCAUUGUUUCUGAAGCUAAACCCCUUGGCCAAGACCAAUGAUCUUCCAAUAACAAUGUAUGAAUCAGUAAUAGACUUGAUUGAUGGAGAGACAAGAAUGUUAUUUGUAGAAGUACCGUAUACACUUGCAACUGAAGAAGCUGAAAGAAUAGGUGUAGAUCAUGUCGCUCGGCUGUCCUCAUCAGGCACAGUUGAUGGUGCAACAGUGUCAGAGCACCUUUUAGCGCAGUACAACGCCAUCAAGAUGUUACACUCAAGGGUCAAAAUGAUACUGGAAUAUGUUAAAGCUGUACAUAAAGCAAUGUAAUGACGUCAUGCUUAUGUGUUACCUAGCAACCGUUACUAAGGGAUGUAAUAGCUUGAAUGAGUUUAUUAACAAGUUUACAGUGGUUCAUGAUCGCCAUGGAAUAGGACGACGAAUGAGAGGACUUUUGUUUUAGCGUUUGUGCUGAGGCAAAUUUCUUGGGUUUGUAUACGAAGUAACGGUGUACUUAAUAAGUGGAUUCCAUGCCGGGUUAGCUAUACUCAGAUCGUACUUUAAUCCGUGGCCGUACAGAAACUUCGGAAAGCCAUUCUUAUGCUACAGCCUAGCUGUUGUUUGUAGCUGUUAUUAACUUCCUCAGCUGCUCCUAACAUGUCUACCGAUAAAAAUCUUGACUAUGAUAACACAUUAAUUUGGGAAGCGGUUGCAGUAUUACAUUAUCAAUUAAAAAGCUUGAAUUAGCUAAGAGUCAAUGUACUAUUUUUAAAUUGCUGCAUCCACAUCCGCUUUCCCGUGAGACAUCAAUAACCUUGGAAGUUAAAAACAACUUAAUUAUUUUUUAUCAAAAUAAUGUUACACUUGUACAUAAAAACAAUUAAACUGUUUGU